ACGUACGGCCCGUACGCCUAAGGCGGGGCCGCAGGGCUGCACGGCCGCAUGCGAAGUUGUGUGCAGGGUGUGUGCAAUGGCACCCAGGAAAGGGAGGGGUGAGCAGCAGUUUGUCCCAGUCAGUAAGGACAAACAGAGGCAGGCGGAGCUGAAGUUCUGCAGAUUCAAGUGGAUCACGAAGGGGCAAACACUGCCGAACUCCAAUGGGAAUUUUCUCAUGGAGUGCAAAUUGUGUGGCCGGGGGUUUCAGGGCAGUCAAUCGAAGGCCGCACAACACUUUACAAUAAAGAACAACUGUUUCAAAGUCACCGCGGAGCAGCUCGCGGAGAUUUGGAACAAGACAAACUACUCGAUUGAUCACAACCACCAUCGGAAGAUCCUCGACUUCCUCAGGUCUCGUGGGGUUAGAGACAAUAGAAAUACUUCGGGGAGGGAGCAGACGGGGGAUGAGGAGUACGACGACAGCGAGGAUGAGAGGAGGGCGGCCAAGGGGGGAGGUGAUGAUAGUGACAGCGAUUCACAAGACAUGGAGGUGCGGCGAGAGGCGGAGCGCGCCAGGGGUAAGAUGAGGGCAGACAAGGCCGUUGGCAAGGACAGCACCCCGAACGAGCAUGACGAUGACGACGAUGACGACGGCGAUGAGGGCGAAGACAUUGGGGCAGGGGGCUGCCAAAGCGAUGAAGGAGACCGCGCAAUCGAAGAAGAGAAAGAGGAAGGCAAUGACACCAGCUCCUCCUCUGCCGAAGAAGGGCAAAGUCCUUCGACAGACAUCCAUGAUGGAGACCUUCGAUCCGGUGUGGCAACGAGAGUUUUCGAACGAGUUCCUGCAGUGGUGGACGGCACCCCCGGGAAGCUUGGGAAGAGGGAGGACACCAUCAUCAGGGCUCGAGCAGUCGUGCGUUUCAUCAGAGAGCACGGGGAGGCUCUCAGCCUUUACCGACGUUUCUCUGCCGCCCACCCCUCUUCCGCCUCCGCAGUUGCGGCCAGUUGCAGCGCUGCUCCACCCUCGUCUCAGCGGCGAGGCAGAGAGCUUGUGUACCCCGCACAGACGAGGUUUGCUACACACUACUUGAUGCUGGAGAGGUUGUUGGAUCGUCGCCGAGCGUUGGAGUCGUUGAUGAUGAGCGACGAGUGGUUGCGGACUGCAUGGAGGAGGUCCAUUUUCUUGCAGGCCAGGUGGGUGCGUCAUCAGGUGAGGUACGCGCCAUUCUGGGAGCACGUGGAGGACAUCGUGGAGCUGAUGACGCCUGUGAUGCAGCUGCUGCGACAUUUGGACAGAGGGGGGCGCGUGAUGACUCGCACGUGGUCGUGGGCGCUUGCCAGGGUCGACAGAGUGGCGAGGGCAAGACUGAACAGGACGUCGACGGAGGAUCUCAACAUCGUUGUUCAGGCUUAUCAGGCGCGGGUCGAUCAUAUGUUGCAGCCCGCACAUUGCAUGGCCCACCUCCUCAACCCUCGCCACAGGAGCAUUACGUAUUUUGGAGUGGCGAGGCGCAGCGAGCACGACAAGACACUCACGGAGGAGUCGCUGCGAUACCUUCGCCAGCAAACUGGCGGAGAUGAGGAGUUGUAUCAGACAUUGCGCACGCAGUUGGUGGAGUUUCUGAGCCGGGAGGGCGAUUGGAUGUAUGGAGGGGUUGAGGGUGACAGGGACGCGGCCUCCUACAGAGGGGAGAAGGAGACGUCGCAGGCUCCGCCCAGCGUCGAGACGUAUUUCGGUCGUCGCGCCACGGUGCUCAUGUCGACUGAGUUGGACGCCGUGUACGAUCCGGAGCCUGAUCCUAUGGCUCAGGACCCGAUUGAGGCGGAGCUGUGGUCCGAUCCAGACGACCUGGCAGUGGAGUCGGAGCCGGGAGAUUCUGAUGAUGGGGGCGACAAUGUUCCUCUCGCCGAGAUGUUGCGUCCUUGGACACGUGCUUCCACAGCAGCCGCUGCGCAGCAUCCCCCUCCCCCUCCACCUCUGCCCCUGAGUGCUCGUGCUUCCACUGCAGCCGCUGCGCAACAUCACCCUCCCCCUCCACCUCCGCCUUCGAGUGGUCGGGCUUCCACUGCAGUCGUUCCGCAACAUCCCCCUCCACCUACAGAUCGUCCAGGACAUGGCAAGCACGGGACUCAGGAUAUUGUUGAGGAGGGACACGACGACGACGACGAUGUCAGAGAGGGGUAUGAGGGCAGCAGUGAGGACGAGGAUGAUCCUGCCUAUUCCCCGACACGCGGACGUGGUGACGACGACGACGACGACGAGGGCGGCGAUGGUACACAGGCUGCAGGUGGUUUGCGGAGGUCGGGUCGACAGCGUGCCGACCGAUGCAGUGGUGCAGGCAGGGGCGUGGGGGCACGAGACACGGGGGCUGCAGGCCGUGGUGGUGGAGGACGGGUGAGGCGAGAGUCUGCUUCGUCCACUCGCACUGUGCACUGGGUCGAUGAGGGUGCUGCGACAGUAGAGGUUGGCGUCGGGUCGGCAGAGUUUGGUGGUGUUGUGUCGGCGCAGGUCACUGCAGAGGCCUCUCCCUCCACUCCACAUUUCGCAGCGCCGUGUGAGGAGGUAGCAGGCGGGUUUGCAGAGGUUACUGACGAGGCUGCACAGGUUGCGAGCGCUUCGGCGCAGUUGGGUGACAGCUUCAGUGCGGCUACGCCCGUCAGUCAGAUACUCGGUGAUAUACCUUCAUGCAGCAUGGGUGACAUCAGUAGCAGCAUGUUGCAGGAGGCAGCAGCGGGGACACAGGGUUCGUCGGGGCAGGAGGAGUGUGCAGCAGGGGACGGUAGGGAUUGUCGACCUGUGCAGGAGCGAGCGCCAGAGUCGGAGCUGGACAGGAUCGACCGCGAGGAGAGGGAAAGGGCGCAGGACUUGGCUAGCCGUUGCGAGAUGACACAGAGUAUUGCAUUGUGGGCACGGGCAGAGCGGAUGCUCGAGACGGGCGGUGCUGAGGGUCAUCGUGCGACGAACGAUGCAGUGCUUGAGUGUGGCGAUGUGGGCGGUGGGGAUGCAGGCGAGAGACCCGCGUCCCCGUCACUGCCAUCGUCCACCACUUGUAGCACGACCUCCGUACAUGCUGAGGGUGCCACUACCGCACCGGCACCUCCAGAGUCUCCUUCUCCCAAAUCAGGGAAGAAAAAGAUGAAAGCAGGCAAGAGUCUCAGUACUGUGAGGAGGGUGACGCAUGCGAUGCGGGAGAGUCAGCCCGGGUUGGCCGGUUUACAUCCGCGGACUCGGGAGGCAUUGGCCCGGGACGUUGUCGUGGACAUAGUAGGUUGGCGGGAGAGGGCCUCCACCCGGGCGACGGAGCAGCCCAUGACAGCACUUGCUGCGGCAGCGAUGCCACGUACUGAGGGGCGCAUACCAGGUAGGGGGGAGGAGGCGGAGCACAGUGGCCCCCCUGGGAGGAACAUGGCCGGACGUAUAUUGGGGGAGGAUGUGAGGACGGUGCUUGCGCAACGACCGUCACAGGCAGCACGCGUUUUGGAGUCUGGUACCGAUGAUUUGGAGAUGCCUCUUGGCCAGCGGAGGAGGGCAUCCGUGUACGACCUUCUUCGAGCACAGCACGGGGUUGAGGUGGCGCCACAGGGGGGGGUUCAUGCUCCGGGUACUGCGCACAGGCCGGUAGGCGGCACAGGUGGCGGCAACGGUGUCAUAGGUGUGGCGACCCAGAGGAGGAGGAAGGACAUUGUGGACGACGAUGAUGCUUAGGGGGAAAGCGCAAGCAAGGGGGGAAGCGGAGCGGGGGGAAAGCGCAAGCAAGGGGGGAGUCGGGGGAAGCGGAAGCGGGGGAAGCACAGGCGGAAGCGGAGAGUGGAAGCGGAAGCGGCGAGAAGUGGAGCCCGAAGCGGAGAGCAGUGGAGCCUGAAGCGGAGAGCAGCGAACCCCGAAGCGGAAGCGGGGAGAAGCGGGGAGAAGCGGGAAGAAGUGGGGAGAAGCGGGGGGAAUCGGAAGUGGGGAGAAGUGGAAGCGGGCCGGGAGGGGGAGGUGGCCAACUUCCCACGUGGCAAUCUUGCCACGUGCCGAUCUUGUCACGUGGGAGGGGGAGAUGGCGAGCUUGCCGCGUGGCGAACUUGCCACGUGGCGAACUUGCCAUGUGGUGGGAAGCGGAAGCCAAGGCGGAAGCGGAAGCGGAAAAAGAACCGCAGGGGAGAGGAAACUUGCCAUGUGGCGGUCUUGCCUUGACUGAUUGAUUGAUUGGUUGAUUGAUUCAUUGAUUGAUUGCUCUCGUCGGCAUGAGCAUCAAUUUGUCCCGUCGGGUCGGGUCGGAUUGGCAUUGCAGUUAGUCGAGUCCCCUUGUGAUUGAGGUCGCGUCCACAUUGCGGCCGACUCGGGAAUCAAUCAAUCAAUCAAUCAUUCAUUCAAUCAAUCAAUCAAUAAAUAAAGUUUGCAUUCACUA